UAUUUUGAAAUUUUAAUUAUGACGUAGUCUUGGCUACGUUGGUGUUUAUUGUUAUUGUAACCUCAAAGUGAUCUCGUUGAACAAGGUUUUUGUCUGUUUGCAUCUGUCACAUUCGUCACUUUUAUUCUCCGGGACGAAUCAGUAUGUUUUCACCUGUGUGCUCCAGGCUACGCAGUAUCACCUCUAUUGCAAGUCCAUAUUUAUCCUUAAUUCACAGAAGAAAUCUAAUAGUAUCCCAGCACUUAAACCUGACCAGGAAUAGCCCAAAUCUCACUGAUGGAAGAAGCAGCGUCUACCCUGAUUAUCUCCCCAUUUAUUGGGCUCAAAAGGUUCCAAAACUAGGAUUCGUGUGCAAAAUGAGGAGGUAUACAAUGCUUUAUACUGUCGUUGUAAGUGCCAAUGCAUUUAUUGUAGCCGCAAUGGACUAUUGGUCUUCGGAGAUAGGGAUGGCUGCCCUUACAGUUGGUGGAUCUACUUACCUAGCCCUCUAUCUUGCAAGUCGAUGCUGUCAUCGAUUCGUGGGUGCAGUAUACUUAAAGGAAGAUGGAAAACAAGUUGUAAUCAGUUACCUGGACUUUGAUGGAAACAGAGCUGAUGACACCAUACCUAAAUCAGAUUUAAUCCCGGUUAAUGAACUCGCUAGAUCUGCCUCUCCCUUUAGGUUUUACCGAACUUUAAAGAGACGCUCAAACGAUGACCAUUACAAGUUAAACAUUCGAUUCGGGGAAGUGCGCAAUAAAGAGGCGAUGAUUUAUAUUUUUGGAUCUGAGGUCAUGCAUUAAGAGUAUCACCAAUUGAUCAUAAAUUGUGAUGCAAUCAUCGUUCUCAUUUUGAGGCUCUUGAAGUAGAAUACCUAAUCACCGUCAGUUCUAAGCACUAUGGAGACUCCUGCCAUUUUACAACCUUGGAUGAUGGACUUAUUAAAACUUUCAAAAUUCAACUCAUAAGUGGAAAAUAAUGGUAUUUUUCCAUGUUAAUUUGCUUUUCUCUCUCUUUAAAGUCCAGAUUCUACUGAUUUCAAACUGAGCACUAAACUGAUUUUGAUGUAUUUCAUGACAGAAGAAUUUUCCUGUGCAAUAACUUUUGUUUUGAUAAGACAAAAAGUGCCUCGUAUCAGAAAAGGAUGAAGCUGUGUGUAGAACCAAACUUUAGUUUUUUGCCUAAUGCACUGUUUGAUUUAAUCGUUUACUUUGGCCAGCACUGCUUCCAGUUUUUUUGUACGCUGGGAGUUUGAAUUCUCUGUAUGUAAGGUGAACCAAGUUUGAAACUUAUUUCCCAUGUACCAAUGAGUUAAUUUUGAAAGUUGUUAACAUGAUCAACACGUUUUACAUGAAGUGUUGAUGAGAAAACAUGUGCUGUAGAGCCUAAUUUUUUUCCCCGUUCACUACAUUAAAGCUUACAGUUUCUAUGAUUGCAAAAAAUUCUGAAUAUUGCUUAAGUAAUUAAAAGGGAUAUAGACAUCUGCAUUGAUCACAUAUUAAUAGGAAAACUAGAAAAAAUGCAUUUUUUUACAUAAGUAGAACAUUGUAAGUAGGUAAGAACAUUGUAAGUAGGUAUCACAUUUUACUCUUUUGAAGAGUAACUGAUGGUCGAAAAUUUUUAUAAUUUUUUUGUGAUUUUUAAAGAAUAUUCCUCGAUAACUCUGUGUAAAACUAUCAAAUGAUAUAUUUUUGAAUAAAGGUAAUACGAUCAAAAAUUGAAAA